AUGAAGUUGAACGUAUCCUACCCCGCUACGGGAUGUCAAAAACUCUUCGAAGUUGUGGACGAACACAAAAUCCGUAUCUUCUAUGAGAAGCGCAUGGGACAAGAAGUCGAAGCUGACCCAUUAGGUGACGAAUGGAAGGGCUACGUCCUCAAAGUAGCUGGAGGUAACGAUAAACAAGGUUUCCCAAUGAAACAAGGUGUCCUGACCAACAGCCGUGUUCGAUUGUUGUUGUCCAAGGGACACUCCUGCUACAGACCCAGAAGACAGGGUGAACGUAAGAGGAAAUCUGUUCGUGGUUGCAUUGUCGACGGCAACUUGUCCGUAUUGGCUCUCGUUGUUGUCCGUAAAGGCGAACAAGAAAUCCCCGGACUUACCGACACCACCAUUCCCCGCAGACUUGGCCCCAAACGUGCCUCCAACAUUCGUAAGUUGUUCAACUUGAACAAGGAGGACGAUGUUAGGCAGUACGUCGUAAAACGCCCCCUUCCAUUGAAGGAAGGCAAGACCAAGCAGAGAUACAAGGCCCCAAAAAUCCAACGUUUGGUGACUCCUGAUGUCUUGCAACGCAAACGUCAUCGUUUGGCUCUGAAGAAGAAGAGGUGCUUGAAACGCAAGGAAGAAGCCGAUACCUAUGCUAAGUUGUUGGCUCAAAGAAAGAAGGAAUCCAAGGCCAAGAAGGAAGAAGCUAAGAGACGUCGUUCUGCUAGCACCCGCGAAAGCAGAUCCAGCAAUCAUAGCAAAUAG